AUCUGGUCACACUGCCCGAGACUCCAACAUAUUCCACGUCCACCCGCGCUCCAAACUUUUAUUUUAUUUAUCAAUUGCAAUGGGGGACAGCUCGGACGAUGAGUACCUGGGCACGGACUGGCUGCCCUACAGCGAACGCCCGGAGUGGGAAGAUGUGGUGCCGCUGGAACAGGAUGACGGACCCAAUCCGGUGGUCUCCAUCGCCUACAGCCAAAAGUUUCGCGAGGUUUUCGACUACAUGCGAGCCGUGAUUGCACGCGGGGAGAAGAGCCAGCGAUCACUGGACCUUACCACGGAUGCACUGCGUCUGAACCCGGCGAACUACACCGUUUGGCAGUACCGACGAGAUAUUCUGCGCGAACUUAAGGCCGAUCUGAAUGCUGAAUUGGACUAUCUGAGCGAGGUGAUUGGCCAGAACUCGAAGAAUUACCAGGUGUGGCACCACCGACGCGUCAUCGUCGAAAUGCUAAACGAUCCCAGCAACGAGCUGGAGCUCACGGAAAACGCCUUGGUCAACGAUGGCGAUGCCAAGAACUAUCACGCCUGGCAGCACCGCCAGUGGGCUAUUCGCACCUUCAAGCUUUAUGACGACGAGCUGAACUUUGUGGAUCGCCUGAUUUGCGAGGAUCAGCGCAACAAUUCGGCCUGGAACCAGCGUUUCUUCGUCAUCAAGCAUUUGGGCUUCACACCGGACCUAAUUCAGCGGGAGCUAACCUACACGAUGAACCGCAUUCGCAUCAUCAAGAACAACGAAAGUGCCUGGAACUAUUUGGUGGGUGUGAUGAGGCAGGGCGACGGUGGAAAUGGAUUACUGAACAGUUACCCAGAGGUGGUGGAGUUCGUGGAGGAGCUCUAUCAAGGGGGCAAUCGAUCGCCUUAUCUGCUGGCCUUCCUCAUCGAUUUGUACCAGGAGCAGGCAUUGCAACUGAAGGUCGGCGAUGGCGAUCAGUUGGCCCGGAAGGUCUACGGCCUGUGCGAGGAUAUGGCCACGAAGCACGAUGUGAUUCGUCGCAAGUACUGGCAUUAUGUGGCCACGCAUCUGAAGAACCAGCUGAGCAAAGCCGAAGAGGAAAAGGAGCAGUAGUCCAGGUCCAAAAAUUCCCUUUUUGUUUAGUUUUAACCAUGUACCACGUACUUAGGCCCUCUUUAUACAUAAAUAAAAUUAAAUUUACCAGUAAACAAAAGUUGCAAAACCCA